GCGGGCGCGGCACCCCCUGCCUUGGCCGCCUGCGCCCCGGGGCGGCGGGCGGCGCGCGGCGGCGGCAGCAGCAUGAGCAGCGGCUACAGCAGCCUGGAGGAGGACGCCGAGGACUUCUUCUUCACCGCCAGGACCUCCUUCUUCCGCAGGGCGCCCCAGGGCAAGCCCCGCGCCGGCCAGCAAGAUGUGGAGAAAGAGAAGGAGACGCACAAUUACCUCAGCAAAGAGGAAAUCCAAGAGAAAGUUCACAAAUACAACCUAGCAGUCACAGACAAGUUGAAGAUGACCUUGAAUUCAAAUGGGAUUUACACUGGCUUCAUUAAAGUCCAGAUGGAGCUCUGCAGCCCCCCCCAGACUUCUGGAAAGCUCGCUCCCAGCAGCAACGGCUGCAUGAACACGCUUCACAUCAGCAGCACGAACACCGUCGGGGAAGUGAUCGAGGCCCUGCUCAAGAAGUUUCUCGUGACCGAGAGCCCUGCCAAGUUUGCACUUUAUAAGCGUUGUCAUAGGGAAGACCAAGUCUAUGCCUGCAAGCUCUCAGACCGGGAACAUCCGCUCUACCUGCGUUUGGUAGCUGGGCCCAGGACAGACACACUGAGUUUCGUUCUUCGUGAACAUGAAAUCGGAGAGGGAGGAUUGAAUUUAGGCCAGUUCAGUUGGAGGAAGAAAAGCCCUUCAUACAGUCCUUCUCUAGAUCAAAUGCCAGCUUUAAGACGACACUUGAGUCAAUCUUUGGGAAGCCUUCAGCCUCCCGGAGCUGCAGAAUUUCUUGCGCAUCCUGGACAAGGAGGAAGCCGAGCAGCUGCAGAGCGUGCGGCGGCGCUACGCGGCCUACAGACACAAGCUGGAGGAAGCCCUGGGCGAGGUGUGGAAGCCCGACUAGGACGCGGGGCCUGUGUCCGAAGCGGCCGCCGCGGGGCUGUCGUCGGGGCUGUCGUCACGGCUGUCAUCGCGGCUGUCGCCUGGGCCCCUCGGCGGCCCGCUGCCGGGCAGCUUCUCGGUGGUUCUGCGGCACCGACCCCCCGGCAAGCUGUGAAUCUGCUCGUGUGGCCCGGAGCCGCCCAGGCUGCUUGGAAGCAGGGACUCUGGGGUUUUUGUUUUUGGGUUUUAUUUCCUUACUCUGUUUUAGUUAAUUCUGUGAUGAGGACGUUCAGCUUCAGGAUAUGCAGGUGAUUUUUUCCAGGCUUCACAAGGAAUCUAUCCGAAUACUUGUCCCGUGUUGAAGUUACCUGUCCGGGUGACGUUUUUCUUCUUGUUUUUAGAUGUCAGGGGAUGCGAUCCGUGGGAGUGGAGAGGCCAGGACCAGGGACCCUGAGGAGGUUGUGAAGGGAGACUAGGAGCUCGACUGAGAAGGUGCCGAGCAGGUGUGGAGGCAGUGGCCUCGGCAGGGCAGGUGCACAGGCAGGUGCAUGUAGGUGACGCGAAGGCUUAUGGUUUUGAGGUUAAGCUUGCUGUAGGAUAGCUGGAUUUGCUGGUAAGUGAAAUGUGGGAGCAGAGCCAAAGAAAGUAGGAGCUGGACCCAGAGGAGGAAUGGGAAGUCUGCAGCUGACCGGAGACUCAAACCUUCUGGCAGGUGGAGCUCGUGGGCCCAGAUGGAGGGGGAGCCCUGCAGCCGGGUCGCCCCCUGAGGACCGGCCUGGGGGGUGGUGCAGUGAUCACCUGCUAACUUCUGUCCUGUGAUGCGCCCCUCCCCCCCAGCUGUUUUCUGAGUUGAAGAGGAUUCUGGGUCCGGGGGCAGGGGUGGUGGCAGUUUUCUUGCUAGCUGGGAGAUGGAGGUAGAGAGCUCAUAGCAUCCAUGUGUGACAGUGACUCCCUUCCUUUCCCUAUUUUUCCUUCUUCCUCGCACUUUCCCCUCUUCCUGCUCCACUCCCACCUCUUUCCCCCUCCCCCUCCUCAGCGACUGCCCUCUGCUUACCUGAGGAUAUAGUUAUAGACUCAGGGCCUUCAGAUCCUCCUGCCAGGAGUCCUGGUCUGUAAAGAGGAGGGUGGCCAGGGACGGAGGAGUCCCCCGCCCCCAAAAGCCAAGCACACAAGAGGGGUUCUUUGCGGAAAUGCUUUAACAAAAGUGCAUGUUCCUACCCACCAAAGAAAGGCAUGUGCAAUGGAAGCCUUCCUUUAAAGCACAGUAAAUAACCUCAUUUUCUUUGCAGCAAUCUGAAGACAAUGGGAAAGAUGUGCUGUGGUUCUAAAGGGGCCUUAUAAUCUACUUUUCAGUCUAGAUAUAUUUGUUUUAUAAAUUCCCAAGGAAUUGUCAACACUCUGGUGACACCUAAUGGAUUCUUUUUGAAAUUCCAAGGUGCUUCAUUUCUUUGCCUCUUAAGUGAACUGUGCCUUUUAUUGCAUUUCUGUUCCCCUCUUGGUGGCGCUUCUGACUUUUCAGAGACUGCCCGUCCUGGUGGAGGCAGGUGUAAGCCGUGGUUCUGCGGCGCCACAUGAGUUACUGAGACAAUCAUAUCUUCCUAAGCAUUUUAAGGAGAGUUGGAAAAAAAAUAAAGUAGAACUAGCUAUAAAAUAUGUAUGGCACAUCUUGUUUAAUUUUGCAUGGAACUUCUUUUUAGUGCAUUGAUGAGGUUUUAGUGACAUCGUCAUCCGACACUUUACCUUUAUUGUUCAGGGAAUGCCCUCAUGAUUUUUAUACUGGUUUUACUGUUCAGACUGUGGCUUGGGUUUGCGUAUACUGUUAUCAGCCAGCUGGUCUUUCGGUUGCCCACUCAGUAAGCUUAUAUUUUGUGAAGCAUUUGUUUCUCAGAUUAAGACACUGUUAGAACCUAAAGUAGUAGCUGAUGGUUAUCUGUGAAUUUUUUUUUUUUUUUUUUUACUUGAAAUAGAUUGUCUAAAAUAGGCAUCCUCCUCCGUAGUAUCCAGAACCUCGCUCGUUGCCGUGUGCACUACAAGUUGCAGUUUGGAGAACUUGCCGUAUUGAAAAAUCUGUCAGUGAAUAUAGUUCGAUACUGAUGUUCUCUGCCAAACACUGGUUCCUGCAGCAGCAUUUUUCAUGCAUAAAAGAAGAAAGGCCACGAUGGCCAGAGAUUUAAAAAAAAAAAUCAUUGUACAAAUUGUUAUGUUAAAUUAAACUAAGCUUUGCUGUAAUACUGUUUUCUCUUCAAUAAGUGAUGGUACCGGAAUGUUGUCUAAGUGAAGGGGGGGUAGUAUUGCAGGGGAGCAAUCUAAAUCGCAGAAGUAAAAAAAAAAAAAAAAAAAAAAAAAAAAAAAAAAAAAAAA